AUGGCUUCCGCAGUUCUGGGGAAACGACAGAGAUCUGCUCUCGAGUCUACAGAUACACCUUCUUUACGAUCUCCGAGCAAACGUUUGGCAAGGGCAAGCAAGAAGAUCUAUACAGAUGAGGAGGACCCCUUUAUAUCGUCGACAAGCCAAAAACGCUCCAGCUCCCGGUCGACCAUCACCCGCAAGCGCCCCAGUGAUGCAAACACACCAAGCCGUAACGUACGAACGAAACGUAUCGACCAUGACAAGACCAACAAGACGACAGCCGGAGACGAUAAUGAUGAAAAUGUUGAGCCCGUUGAGUUCAGCACGCCAAAAGCACAGAGAUAUACAAAUGCUUUCCUCCCAGUUACCCCAAAGCACCGAGUACAGAUCGGUGGGAAGCCCUUGACUCCUCGAACUCCACGUACUCCAUCUACGCCAAAGACUACUCGCUCGGUAUUCACGGCUGCCAAACAGCUCUUCACCAGGAGUGUAAACCCAGGCCAGCUGGUCGGUCGAGAUGACGAGGCCAGGGAGAUGAAGAGCUUCAUCCAACGAUCGGUGGAGUCGGGGAAAGGCGGAUGCAUCUACGUGAGUGGGCCACCAGGGACUGGGAAAACGGCACUCGUCGAUGAGGUGUCGCGUGAGCUUGGAAAGUUUCCCGAGACUAUCAAAUUGGCCAACGUCAAUUGUGCUAGCUUAACGAAUGCACGAGAUAUCUACAGCAAUAUCCUCGAAGGCUUGUGUGAGAGCACCAGUGUAUUCCGGAAGAGUGAAUCUGAGCGACUAGAGGCCAUGUUCCUACCCAAGAAGUCGUCUAGCCCUCUCUACCUUGUCAUUCUGGAUGAAAUCGACCAUCUCCUAUCCGGCGAUAUUGAGAUCCUAUACAAACUGUUCGAGUGGUCCCUACACAAAUUAUCUCAUCUCAUCUUGGUUGGAAUUGCAAACGCACUAGACUUGACAGAUCGACUCUUGCCUCGACUAAAGGCGAAGAACUUAAAGCCUCAUCUUCUCCCAUUCCUUCCGUAUACACCUACACAGAUUACCGAUGUUAUCACCACCCGUCUUCGUUCUUUACUGCCCGCGGAGUGCCAGAGUGCUGCAAGCCAGGUCCCUUUCCUUCAUCCAGCUGCCAUUCAACUCUGCUCUCGAAAGGUAGCCUCUCAGUCAGGCGACUUAAGAAAGGCGUUUGAUAUAGUUUACCGAACUAUCUCUCUUUUGGAGCGUGAGACCCAACUGAAGGCUUCCGUCGCUACAACCAGCCCUUCCAAGCUACCCCUGCUUGAAAACAAGAAUCUGGCGUCAUCCUUACCUGCCCCUCAGCCUACAGAAUAUACCGCUGCCACCGCUCCCCGCGCAACAAUCGCGCACGUCGCUCGCGUCACGUCAUCUACUUUCGGUAACGGUACAAUCGAGAGGCUUCAGGAUCUGAACCUGCAACAAAAGGCUGCCCUCUGCGCUUUGAUUUCAUUUGGCAAGAAGCAGCAAACCGCAAAUGUCGUCUAUAAGACACCCUCCAAAUCACCACGUUCCACCGCCCCAUCAAGCAGGGAGCUGUUCGAAACAUACUCUGGGCUUUGUCGCCGAGAUAAUAUCCUCCAACCACUUACCGCCACUGAGUUCAGAGAUGUGAUCAGCAGUCUAGAAACCAUGGGCCUGGUUGGGGAGGUUGAUGCUCGUAGCCGCGGAGCUGGUUCUCCUGCUGCAUCAGGCCUCUUCUCUACCCCCUCCAGGUCUGGACGUGGAAGACCGUCCGUCGUCAAAGGCAUGGUUCGAUCCGAUGAUAGUGGUCUUGUGUGCCUUGUCGGUGAGAAGGAGGUACAAAGCCAGAUCUCCGGCCCUGGGGAGGGCAUUCUCAAAGCAUUGCUUGCCGCUGAUGAUUACUAA